UGUUCAGUUUGCAAUUUCAACAAUGGUUGAAUGACCAAGCAGAGUUGACUUGUUAUUUGUUUGAAAUUCAAUUGUUGCUUGCAUUUGUUUGAAUUAUAACUACAGUAUAUAGCAAAAUAGUAUAAACAAAGAUUAUUUUUCUAUCGUCAAAAUAUUGAUUUUUAAUAUGUCACAGAUAUGACGGAUAAAGAAGAAGUUGAUGUAAAUGAAAAGUUUACGAAUUUAUUAUUUGCUGAAGAAAAUGCCCAACGUAUAGGUUAUUUGGAAGGUUAUGAAAUUGGGAAAACACAAUUAACAGAUGGGUUUCAUCUUGGAUAUCAUAGAACCAGUUUGAUAGCUGCACAAUUAGGAUAUUAUAGUGGUGUCUUAGAACAGUAUUUAAACAAUAAUACGUGUAACUCAGAAAAAAAUAUUCAGAUCGCACAACAACUUUUGAAAGAUAUUUAUAAUUUUCCAAGAAUUAAUGAUGAGACUGUAGAUAUAUCGAAGGCUUUUGAUAACAUUAAAUUUAAGUAUGCCAAAUUUUGUUCAUUAACAAAAAUAUCUUCUUCGUAUCCAGAAGCGGAUAAGCUUGAUUUUUAGUAAAGCAAGAAUGGCACA